AUCUUGCCAUUGGAAUAACUGGUAUUGUUAUGUUUGGUACGUUAGUGAUUGGUAUGAUUAUUCUAAGGACAGUGAAACAUAGAGGACGGGGAAAACGAAAAUGGAGAAGAAACAAAUCAGAUAUGACGACAAACGAAGAAAUUGAAUGCUUUAAUAGGAAAUCAUCUUCUUUUCAAACAAAUGACCUGUGGGUGAGCUCGAUCUACAUUGGUGAUAAAUAUUGCGGAAUGGCUUAUUUAGAUCCAAAAUAUCCAGAAGAUGUUGUAAGCCUUGGAAGGAAUGAAAUGAUAGGAGUUCUCCUCACAAAGGAUGGGCAAGUGAAGGAGUUUGGAGAUAAAGCCCGUAAAAUGUUUACUGAAAAUAGAGAAGAUUCCAGUGAUUAUAUUUUUCUUGAUCAUGACAAAUUGGAUAUAGAGCUCGGCAAUGAUUAUAUUUCUGAACUGCCUUCCUUGAAAAUAAUUGACGUUUAUCAGAGUAUUAUUGGCUUCUUGGUCAGGAAAAUUGUUGAGACAGUUGCUGGUCCUCUGGAAAAAGAAGGCACAUCAUGUAAAUCAGAUUCAUGUUUAUUAUGCAACAUGCAUUGUGUGAUCACAGUUCCUUAUCACUGGAAAAUCUACGUUAGAGAUCUCAGAAGCGCUUUUGACAGAAUAAUGAAAGAGAUUCACAAAAACGUGAACAAAGAGCAGUUGCACAUUAAGUCGAGAGAGGUGGCGAUAUCUCCAUACAUUCAUGAAGUUAAAGCAUCUGUCACCUGUUUGAAUUUCAAUGUUGACAACCUGAUUUUUAAAGAAAAAACAGCAUAUGUUAAUCUACAUGUUGGAUCAAAGUACUGCAACCUAACAUUUCUAAGUGCCACGGAUCCAAAGAGGCCAGACGAGAUUAUAGGUCAGCCAUACAGACAACCAUGGAAAAAGAGAACACCAGAGGUGCAAUUUGUAAACCUCCUGAAAGACUUGUUCACAGAAGCUUUGUUCAAGGAAUGGAAAGACACAUAUAACUGGGAGUACAUUUCUCUACUUUGGCAGUUUGAAGAUCAGAAAAAUAAAAUGUGCGAAAACUUAGACGACAAUGAAAAAUAUGCAUUUAAAUUGUCUUCAAAAUUAUUCAAACCAUUUAAAGAAGAUCAAUCUAAAAUGGUUUCUCUGAAGGACCGACUGAAAAAAAUAGAAGAACUGGAAAUGAAUGAAAGUGAUUGUAGCAUAGUUUUCAAAUGGUCCUUUUUGAAAACAUUUUUUACUCAUGUUAAAGAGAGUACUCGGGAUAUCAUCCGGCGCCACAGAAAUGACUUGAAAGAGGUACGUUGUGUGGUAAUGACUGGUAGCUUUUCUCAAAUGAAAUUGUUUCUGCAUGAGGCUGAAAAAGAGUGGUUUAAGGAAUUAACCCAAGCAGUAACUGUUGUCAUUCCUGUGCAUAUUGGUUCCACAUAUGCGAUGGGCGCUGCAUAUUUUUUCAAAAAAUAUCCAAAAUGGAUAUUUUAUGACCUUAUCAGUAAGUGACUGUCCUUAAAGAUGCA